CUCUUGUUGACACAUCCCACUCGCCGCCAUGCUCAACUAUGUCAUGCUCGUGUCCCGGCAAGGCAAAGUCCGCCUUGCCAAGUGGUUCCAGACGCUGCCGUCCAAGCAAAAGGCCAAGAUCGUCAAGGACGUGACGCAGCUUGUUCUCGCCCGCCGAACGCGAAUGUGCAAUGUCCUCGAGUACAAGGACACCAAGGUUAUCUACCGCCGCUACGCUUCGCUAUUCUUCAUCACAUCUAUCACGCCUGGCGACAACGAACUUAUCACCCUCGAGAUCAUCCACCGUUACGUCGAAGUGCUCGACCGGUAUUUUGGAAAUGUCUGCGAGCUCGAUCUCAUUUUCAACUUCCAGAAGGCGUAUGCAAUCCUCGACGAGCUCAUCAUCGCUGGCGAACUGCAGGAGUCGAGCAAGAAAGCCGUGCUCAAGACAGUGGCGCAGUCCGACGCAAUUGAGGAAGCUGAGAUCUCUGAAGACUCGCUCGCACGCUUGGGCUCGCUAGCUCGCAACAUUUAGACUGUACUUGUAAUGACAUUAUGAUGGAGUUGCUUCAAACGGUCUGUCGUCAGUCCCA